AUGAGAAAGGGGCUUACGACUUACGGCGACGUUGACUUUUCGCUAUUUCUCAGAAAGGCUUUCAUCAAGGGCGCCGGCUACUCUGACGAUGCGCUCGACCGGCCCAUCGUCGGCAUCAUCGACACUGGUAGCGGCUUCAACCCAUGCCAUGCCAAUAUGCCCCAGCUGAUCGACGCCGUCAAGCGCGGCGUGCUCCUCUCGGGCUGCUUGCCCAUCCCCUUUCCCACCAUCUCGCUUCACGAGUCGUUUGCUGCGCCCACAAGCAUGUACCUGCGCAACCUCAUGUCGAUGGACACGGAAGAGAUGCUCAAGGCCCAGCCACUCGACGCCGUCGUCAUGAUUGGCGGCUGCGACAAGACGGUGCCAGCGCAGCUGAUGGGCGCCGCAUCGGCCGAUGUCGUGCCCGCCUUUCAGCUCGUCGUGGGUCCCAUGGUCACUGGCUCGCACCGAGGCGAGCGCGUGGGCGCGUGCACGGACUGCAGAGGCUACUGGGCAAAGCAUCGAGCCGGGCUCGUCGACAUCGAAGAGAUCGCCCAAGUGUCCAACGAGCUGGUCCCCAGCGUUGGCACAUGCGGGGUCAUGGGGACGGCCUCGACGAUGGCGUGCCUGUCCGAGGCGAUGGGGAUCGCACCGCUGGGGAGUGCGACCGCACCCGCCAACAGCUCGGCGCGGCUGCGCAUUGCCGAGCAGACUGGCAAACUCGCAGCUCAAGCCGCCCGAGCCGGGUCGGCCUCGACGCCGCGGACUUUCCUGACGCGAAAAAGCUUCGAGAAUGCCAUCACGGUGCUCCAAGCCGUGGGUGGCAGCACAAACGCAGUUGUCCACCUUCUCGCCAUUGCAGGACGACUGUCGGGCAUCGACUUGACGCUCGCAGACUUUGAUCGGAUUGGCCGCAAGACGCCCCUGCUCGUCGAUCUCAAGCCGAGCGGGCUCAACUACAUGCAGGACCUGCACGCAGCUGGCGGCGUUGUGCGUCUUCUUUCCUAUUUGCGACCCUUGCUCCACCUAGACGCGAAAACCGUGACGGGCUCGACGCUCGGCGAGGAGCUGGACAGAUUCCCGCUUCAUGACUAUCCCCAGGGCAUCGUCCGGCCGCUGUCAGACCCCGUCUUUGCUGCCGAGGCCCUCUGCGUCCUGACUGGCAACCUCGCGCCACAGGGCUGCAUCAUCAAGCAGUCUGCCGUCCUCGACCGAAGAUUAGUCCGGCAUCGAGGGCGAGCCGUUGUCUUCUCCUCGGCGGCCGACCUGGCUGCGCGAAUUGACGCACCGGACUUGGACGUCGACGAGAACAGCGUGCUGGUGCUGCAGAACAUUGGGCCUGUCGGCCACCCGGGCAUGCCCGAGGCUGGGUAUAUGCCCAUCCCCGCCAAGCUUGCACGGUGCGGCGUCAAGGACAUCGUAAGAAUCUCGGACGGCAGGAUGAGUGGGACGGCAAAUGGAGCCAUCGUCCUUCACGUUUCACCAGAGGCGGCCGUGGGUGGACCACUGGCCGUGGUCAGGCAGGGCGACUUCAUCGAGCUGGACGUGCAGGCCAGGAGAUUGCACCUAGACAUUGGCAAGGAGGAGUAUGAUCAGAGGCUGGCAGAUUGGAAGCUCAGUCACGGCAAAGGGAGGCUCAGGGUCAAGGGCAGAGGCUACAGGAAGCUGUACAAAGAGCACGUUUUGCAGGCCCACAAAGGCGCCGACUUUGACUUCUUGACCGCAGACGGCGGCUCAGAUUCGACAUUAGGAUAG